AAAACAUUUUCCCAGUAAAAUUAGUUAACAUACAAAACUCAUGAACGCAGCCAGCCAAUUUUCCUGUUUUACAUUUACUUUCUUAAAUCGCGUGAUCUCCAAGCUCAAAACGGUACAGUACAUAAAGAGAGAGCCGCACUGGGAAACUGUUUCCUGAGAGAAAGAAAAGCCAAAUCCAAAUCCAAUUCCAAACCCGAAAUUUUCCAUGCCAAACCCUAAAAACAUUUUCCCUCAUUUUCCUGCCACCCAAACACCUCGCUCGUGAGAAAAGCCUCCACGACUACGCGCAUUUCUUGAACUCAAAACCGGUAGUGGGCGGUGAUGGCGGAGGAGGAGGAGGAUGAGAUCGGAGGACUGGCCUCGAUGGACUCCACGGAGUCACGUUGGGUGUUCCAGGACGAAGACGAUUCCGAGAUCGAGGACGAUUAUGACGAAGACGAUGACGCUUCGCAGCGGACUGCGAACACGGCUGACGCGUUGGAUUCAGAGGAUGAAGAUGACAAUGCCGAGCAGAGACUGAUUCGCACUGGUCCACGCAUCGACUCCUUCGAUGUCGAGGCCCUCGAGGUCCCUGGCGCUGCCAGAAAUGAAUAUGAGUUGCAGGACUUUAGUAUGGGAAGAAGAAUUUCACUUGCUUUCCAGACCCUUGGGGUUGUCUUUGGUGAUGUUGGAACAAGUCCAUUAUAUACCUUCAGUGUGAUGUUUAACAAGGCACCUAUUAAUGGAACAGAAGAUGUUAUUGGAGCAUUAUCACUAGUCCUAUACACCUUAAUCUUGAUCCCUCUGGUCAAGUACGUCCUGGUUGUCCUUUGGGCUAAUGACGAUGGUGAAGGUGGUACUUUUGCUUUAUACUCAUUGAUUUGUCGGCAUGCUAAGGUUAGUCUUCUCCCGAAUCAGCUUCCAUCGGAUGCCCGUAUAUCAAGCUUCAGGCUAAAGGUUCCAUCUGCUGAGCUUGAGAGAUCACUAAAAAUCAAGGAAAGACUUGAGAAUUCACAGGCUUUGAAAAAGCUUCUUCUGAUGUUAGUGCUUGCUGGCACCUCUAUGGUGAUAGCUGACGGGGUUAUUACACCAGCGAUGUCAGUCACGUCAGCUGUUAGCGGCCUAAAAGUUGGAGUAGAAUCCAUUAAGGAAGGUGAAGUGAGGAUGAUUUCAGUUGCUUUUCUUGUGAUUUUGUUCAGCGUACAGAAGUUCGGGACAAGUAAAGUGGGACUUGCUGUUGGCCCUGCUUUAUUCAUUUGGUUUUGUUCUCUUGCGGGCUUUGGGAUUUACAACCUUGUUAAAUAUGACAAUAGUGUCUUGACAGCAUUUAAUCCUGUUCAUAUCUAUUACUUCUUUAAGAGGAACUCAACUAAGGCGUGGUACUGUCUUGGGGGUUGUCUCUUGUGUGCAACAGGUAAUUCUUCAGUUUGGGAAUAUUGGAUUCACUAA